AUGAUGUCCUUUCCAACGCCCAGCGUUUAUCAGUCGUCGAAAUGCUUCUUUACGCACGGCACAAUGGCGCACCCGGAUCCAGAACAGUUGCCGGCCAAGGGAAAGCCAUGGAGCACACUACUUGAACAGGACUUCAUCCACAAAGUUGAUCUCAUUCUUCCCCAAGAGGCAGCAGAGAAAUUCAGGAUGAAACUUGCGCAGGAAGCAUAUUCACCCACAUACCACCGUGUGAUCAUGAAGCUUGGUGAUAUCCUGGAUGGAGAAUUCUUCACACAGUACAUUAAAGUGGGAAAUAUCAUAAUGCUUUCAGAGGGCAGCACGGCUCAAGACAAUGUGUUCGCUUUGAAAGAUGGCACGCUUACCAUGUUCCUCGAAAAGGAGUCAUACGAAAGAGGUGGCCUCCAGAAUGGGAAACCUCAUGGGGUUAGGGGGAAACGGGGUCUUCAACCGAGGUGGAUUGUCGAAUAUGAUUUACGAAAUAAGGCAAACUUUCCAGGAAAGAAGGGAUACGACCAGUUGUUAAGAGCAUGUGACAGAGUUUUUGACAAACCUAUCACGUGGCUAUUUCAUCGUCAAUCUAGUACCCCUGAUCCCGAUCCUCUGCUCAGAUUUUCCCCUGUCAAGUACACCUCGGCACCUUUCCUCGUGGAGGAGUUGAGGGCAAAUACUCCAUCUCUGAAUAUGCCAGCAGAAGCCCUCGCAGAGCAAGGUCAGCCAGCCCUGGACGAGUUUGCGACAGAGGUUUACGAAUGGCUCUCGCUCUUGAGGCUACAAAGCCCACGGGUCUACACUGGAGACAGCAUUGAUCCCUUCUUGUCGCGAUACUCGAUGGGGGGGGGGAUGGGGACUCUGGAGCAAGCCACGUUAUGCAAGGUUAGCUGGCAGGGGUUUAUAGCGCCGGGCUGGACGAGACAGGCCUUGGCGGGGAUCAUUCUUUCUAUAUCUUCGCGUUCAUGGUUUUCAUUGAGCGUCACAUCCUUCAGAAAGGGGGUCAGAGGAGAGAGCACGGAAUGCACCUUACUGAGGCCACCGGAUAUGCCAGGAGAAUACCUUCUAUGGGACAUCCACGGACAUGAAUGA